AUACAAGAGAGCCCAUUGUCUUCCUCCACAAACAGAUAUUUUCUCCCCAAUCACCUUCUUUUCUCUUCUUAAUUUUCUCCUCAAAUUCCGAUCCACCCAAACUCAAAUCGCUCAUCAAUCACACAUUCUUUUAAAUAAACACCCAAGAAACAACAAAGGAGACGAGAAUGGCCAAGAAAAGGGUCUCAAGAAUCGGCAAUUAUGCUGCCAUUGCAGACCCUAAUUCUUUUUCAUGCACAACCUUCAACAUCCUUGCACCCAUCUAUAAACGCCUUGUUCACCAGGAUCUUGCUUGCAGAGAAAGCGAAAUCAGAGCGUACUGGUUGAGUAGGAAUGAAAGGAUUUUGGAUUUGCUCUUGUGUGAAAAAUCUUCAAUCAUCUGUCUACAGGAGUUUUGGGUUGGAAACGAUGAACUUGUUAACAUGUAUGACACAAGGCUUAGUGAUGCAGGAUACAUCAAUUUCAGGCUUGCACGUACCAACAAUCGUGGUGAUGGGUUGUUGACAGCAGUCCAUAAAGAUUACUUUCGGGUCAUAGACCAUCGAGAGUUCCUCUUUAAUGAUUUUGGAGAUCGUGUUGCUCAGCUUUUACAUGUUGAAGUAAUUGCCCCCUUCAAUCAGUGCAGAAACAACAUUGCUUGCCAAGAAAUUCUUAUAGUUAACACCCACUUAUUGUUCCCACACGAUUCGAGCAUGUGUUUGGAGAGAUUGCGCCAGGUGUACAAGAUCCUGCAAUCUGUUGAAGCUUAUCAAAAAGAAAACAAUCUUAGUCCGUUGCCCAUCAUUCUUUGCGGUGACUGGAAUGGGAGCAAACGAGGCCAUGUUUUCAAGUUCCUUAGAUCACAGGGAUUCGUGUCAUCAUAUGAUACUGCACAUCAGUACACUGAUGCUGAUGCACAUAAGUGGGUUAGCCAUAGAAAUCAUCGAGGAAACAUAUGUGGUGUAGAUUUCAUAUGGCUUCUUAAUCCAAAUAAGUACAGGAAAGUACUGAAAACAAGUUGGAGCGACGCAGUCUUUGGACUAUUCAAGUAUCAUGUGAGACGGGCUUCACUCAUUGAAGAAGAUGCAUAUGCAUUUCUUAAGGCUGAUAAUGAUGGUGAUUAUAUUACUUACUCGGGUUUUUGUGAAGCAUUGCGCCAGCUUAAUUUUAUUGGUCAUCCGAAUGGCCUCAGUAAGGAGGAGACGAAAGACCUCUGGGUUCAAGCCGACAUUGAUGGCAAUGGCGUUCUUGAUUAUAAAGAAUUCCAGCAACGGAUAUGGAAACCUAUGAAGUAUGAACAAACAGAAGAUGCAAUCAAGAUCCAAGAAGAUGUCGUGAAUGGCACACAACUGACUAUAGGGUACAACGUGAAGAAUGCGGUACUCUAUCCAUCUGAAGCAGAAAAAGGAACGUGGCCGGAUGAUUACUCACUCUCUGAUCAUGCCCGUCUCACUGUUGCAUUUUCACCUGUUAAAAUGCCACGCUCUCGCCUCGUUUCUUGAUGAUGGUUGUCAAGUUCAGGUCAUGCCUGACUUUGUCGAGAAACAAAGAAUGAUGGUUGAGUUGUCAAGUUCAGGUCAUGCCUGACUUUGUGUUCAGGCAUGACCUGAACCCGGAAACGUCUUUGAAGGUAUGGUAAAUGAUCUCGGAGAAAUAUUGGCGCCGAUGAUGGAUUUUCGGUCAGUGCUUUAGGAAGCCUCAACCUUGGGGACCUGGUUAUAGGAUUUGAAGAUGCUGAAUUAAAUUUUGGAACAUGUAUUAUUGGGUUAGGAAGAUACUAUAAUCCAGUUUCAAGCACGUUCUUUAUUUUAGAUGCUCAGGGUCUUCAAUUAACUGGUUUGGUUUUAUCUGGUGAUUUGUUAUUCCUAUAAUUUAUAAAUAGUUUAUUUUCUACUAGAAGGGUAUUC